UUUUUCAUCAUUUUCGUCAUACACCCUUCCGCCCACCAUCCGAUUUCCUGAUAACCAGACCAACUCCGCCUCUGUCAUGUCGCUCUUCCGCGACCUGCCCUCUCGCAACCUCAACAUCCUCUCCUCGCCGCCAGAUACAGCAACAACCGCCUCUUCGAUGGCAAGAACAUCCUCCAGUUCUUCGAGGAACGACCUUUUCACCACUUCAUGGCAGCCAGAAAUCCCUCCGCCACGUCCGCUUACCCACGAUAUCCCGAGCACUACUGCAACAGAUGGGCGUGAAGAAGAACCUACGACAGACCCUUUGCAUUUGCUCUCGUCCGCGAAAAUUAGCAGUAAUGGCGUGCAUGCGAACACAAUGCCUUUACCGAUGAAGCGACGCGACUUUUCUCGUUAUGACGCUAAUCAUACCACUCGUCACUCGGUUACUUCAAGUCCUGCCGAAAGUGGACGAAACAGCCCCAUGCUUGUGGAUGAAUUUGGCGUGCCCAAACGGGGACACGUUCCGUCGUCCGUCACAGCACCAACACACCAACGCCCCCACUCACAAACCACGAACCCAAACGCGCGCCAAGGCUCACCCCGCACAUCCUCCUUCUUCGAUGUCGUCCUCUCUACCGAUUUGCCGGCCCCACCACCCGCGCCCCCACGCGCGACACCCACACUCCAUUCGAUGCAUGCGAGCAGUGGGAAUAACUCGCCCAAUAACCUUUCUCGAUCAACAAGUCUUCGUCGAGCACCACCUCCACCACUUUUGCCCCUCUCGCGUACAGGGUCGAACAAUUAUAAUAUUAAUGGUGGUGGCGGUAGCGAUCGCCAAAGGUCGUGGGAAUCUUACACUUCCUCUAUCCCUUCUUCACCUUCCGCUUCGGCAUCGUACGCCACCGCGGAAGAAGAUCCUUUAUCUCCUCUACAUCAAUCGCCACAGCUACCUCCUUCGCGCGCAGGACAAGCAGAUUGGAUCCCGCCUUUACCCCCAGCAGCAGACGACAUCGAACUGCGGCUCGUGCCUAAUUCGACGUAUUUGUUGGGAGAAGGGAGGUAUGCAAAGGUUUAUCUGGCAGCGUAUAAGCGGACGAAAAAGUUGAAAGUGAGGGGUAAAGAAGAGUUACUAGGUCGGAUCCCGCCUUUUGGGCAUUCUUCUUUUACACCUGCCCCGGUCAGAGGAGAAGAUAAAGCUGGAGCGGAAGAGAAGAAGGAGGUCAAUGAAGACGGAGAUGGGCUUGUAGGUGGAGACUGGAAAUUAUGCGCCGUCAAGCGCUUGGCGCCCGAUAGAGAAUCACAGACCAUGGGUUUGCGAGAGGCCUUCUUCUUGAAUCGAUUGAUGGCGACAUCAUCCCUCAGUGGAGACGGCCGACCUGUAGACUUUCCCAAGUCGGGAAGAACGAGAGCAGUCUCCCCUUUGAGGGACAGUUUCGGUCAGACACCUCGCCAAACAAUGAAACAUGCAUCCAGACGCAGGUCACGUAACGGGAGUGUCUACAUUACCAAACUCAUCGCCGUAAAAGAAGAUGUGGAGGGAUUACCACACUCUGCCCAUGUCCGCUCGACGUCCGACGCGAUCAAGAGUCAAAAGACAAAAGCAAGUAAUGGUACACUUACUCGUCAGCGAAGCUCGACCAUGCUGCCCCCACACUCACCAACGACCGCGCCAGUCAACCGUGUUGCCGCCAAAGUCUCUGUCGGGUGCUCCCAACCCGACAUCACCAAAAUUUCAUCCUUUCCUUCGUUCCCUUCACUUGCCCAGGCUAUCCGGCAAGAAUACGCUGCGCCGAGUUUAUCGCGCCUCGUGUUAGUGCUUGAGCAUGCGCCAUUGGGCACGCUGGACAGGCUGUUGCGGACAAGUCCACAGUUGGUUGGCAAGAAACUGUGGGGGCGAUGGGCCAGGGAAGGGGUGGAAGCGCUGGAGUGGGUGCAUGGGAAAGGAGUUGUACAUGCUGAUAUUAAGCCGGGUAACUUGCUCCUCACCACCGACCUCCACAUCCGUCUCUCAGACUUUGGCUCGUCACUCCUCAUUCAUCCAUUUCAUCCACCUACAGAUGGUCUCGGCCUAGGUACUCUGCCAUUCUCACCUCCCGAACUCGUAGACCCAUCAGUCACAUUCUCCUUCCCAGUCGACAUCUUUGCCCUUGGUGCCACUCUUUACCAAUGCAUCACAGGGCGUGAGCCGUUCAGGGGCCUGAGGUCAAUCGAGAUGAUGCACCAUGUCAAAAAGGGUGGUUUAUGGGCGUAUGAAGAGGAAGAGCGUCUGAGCAGGGUAGGCGAACCUCAUCGUGAAGGCAUCCAAGCUGGAACACCUUAUCCUUCGGCAUGGCGAGAUAAUUACUCUGGCUCAACAUCUCAUAUUCUUGCCGCUGGUGCCGGCGUUCGCCGUGCUGGAUCUCUCCGUGUACCGCCCACGCACUCGACCUAUGCGGAAGAACCUCUGCCGCCAGGUCGACCGAGGCUGAAGAGAAUGACAUCUGCAGAGUCGGUGCGUGCCAAUGACGAUGCGGGGAAAUCCGAGUCACCGGCGGGCGUGAAACUGUGGGCGAAAUGGGUCAAAGACGGUGCCGGUGUUGAUCCUGUGACGGCUUUGCUGUCGGAUGCAGAUUUCCCGGCCGAUGCAUCCAAGGCGGGAGUGAGUCUCUUCAGAAGGGACAGUCAGAAUUUGGGAAGGAGUGCGUCCAUCAGAAGCGUUAUCCCCGAUAUGACCUCGGCAAGGGUGUCACCUCCAGCCGAUGCCGCUCCUAGUACUCCUCCAAGCCACCACCCACCUCUGACGCUAACCGUCCAUUCCCCUCCCUCAUCCGCACCUUCUCAUUCGUCACCGCCCCCAUCGCCGCCUCAGUCACUCUUACAGAGAGGUAUUUACGAAUCGUACUCUGACGGUUCGCCUGCCAUGUUGUUUUUGGAUGGUACAGAGAGAGUGUCAGAGGACGUGCGAGAUGUGCUGAGGGGCAUGUUGGAACCUGACCAGUGGAUAAGAUACGGAGCGAACGAAGUUCGAGAGAGAUGGGAUGAGCUAGGAGUAGGGAUCGAGGAGGACAUUGAGCCUGAAGAGGCUGGACAAGGCCAGGGGGAAGGUGCAGAUGAGCGAGAGUAGUAGUGUAACUUUCUGAUAGGAACGUGGCUUUUAUUUCAAAAUAAAUGGUCCCUUUUUGGACUGAGUAAAAUACGUGUUGUUGGGAUUAGGGCGUAUCAAUUUGUUGUACGAUGAGAAGAAAUAUUAAUACCGUUAGAUCAACUUUAUACAACUUUUAGAAUGC